AUGGCUCCCAGUCAAAACGUCCAAUUCCCCACUCUUCCCCCAAAUCUCCUCAUCAUUUCCCUGAAGAUUUACUUCACCCCAUCCCGAACGCUCAACUACCUCCAUGCCCUCCUCAACCCCCAAAACGACAUAAUCCGUCCAGAGAAUCGAUCCAAGGUCCUCCUUGCAUUGAUCCCGGACUUUCUCACCGUCUACCCCUGCGCGGAGAUCGUCCGAGACCACUUCUCCAAGCAGCAACUACCGGAGCCUGCAAGACCAUCCUCUUCUACAGAUAACAAGCCUCCGCCGCCUGCAUUUCUAGUCGGUGCACAGGACUGUUUCUGGGAAGAUCUUGGCGCGUAUACAGGGGAGGUAUCACCGCUUGCGCUACGGGAGAUCGGUGUUUCGAUAGUGGAAUUGGGCCAUGCUGAGCGUCGUGCUAUCUUUGGGGAAACGGAUGAGCAGACGGGUCGGAAAGCUGCCGCUGCCUGUGCGCAUGGUAUGAUUCCACUGGUCUGUGUUGGGGAGGUUACGGCGCCGGGUCCGGUGGUGUCGGAGGCUGUCGGGAAGGCAGUUAGUGAGUGUGAGGUGCAGGUUAAGGCUGUGUUGCGUGCUAUUCCGGAGAGUGCACCGGUCAUAUUCGCGUAUGAGCCUGUGUGGGCUAUUGGGAAGCCUGCGCCUGCCAGUGUGGAUCAUGUCGCUGCUGUCGUGGACGGGAUUAGGGCUGUCAUUGGGAAACGCGAGGGUGAUGUGCGGGUUCUCUAUGGCGGCAGUGCCGGGCCGGGUUUGUGGGGUAAGGGUGGUCUGGGAAAGGCUGUGGAUGGGAUGUUCUUGGGCAGGUUUGCGCAUGAGGUGGAAGGAGUACGGAAGGUUGUUCGGGAGGUCGAGGAGAAUUUAUAA